AUGGCGGAUCCUAACCCGCUAGAUUCAUUUUUACAUUCAGAGACAGAUGAGAGCGUUGUUAACGCACUAGUUGCUUCCUUAGAGUCGAGAUUAGCUUCCCCUACACAUAAAGAGCAAUCCCCUACGAUACCAAAUCCGUCCGUUAACAGUAAUCAUGUUAGCAAUGUCUCUUCAAUUUCAGCAUGUACAAGUGCUCAAAAUAAUUCUGUGCAUUUAUCUAAUGACACUGGGAAUACAAUUAAUUCUAAUGCAAAAUCGGUGAUAAAAAAUGAAAAUCAAAUAUUAGGAAUUAAUUCUAUUCAUACCAAUUCACCUGUUGCGCACGUAAAUUCACCUGUAAACUCGCAUAGAACUGCAUCACCAAAACCUUUGAACAGUGUAAACAAAUCAUCUCCAGCAAUUCAAGUGAUAACACAACCACAGAAUCAUGGAAAUCAUUCAGUGGUGGCUAACCCACAUAUGAAUCGAGCAACACCAUCACCGUCCAAUGUUAUUUCGGUGAAUAAUAUUAAUGUAGCGCAAUCUAAUUCCAAUAUUAUUAUUACAAAUCCUGGAGUUGUUCAGAAUAACAGUGCAUUAAAACAUGUUAAUCGGACUUCACUUUCGCCUGCUCCUCAACAGAACUCCACUGGACAAAUUGGUGGUGUGCAACAAAGUCAACCGAUAGUGAGGAAUAGUCAGGGAGUUGUAAUUAAUUCAAAUUCUCAACAGUUGACACAAAAAACGAACGUGCAUAUUGUUCAUAGUGCUAAUGUGACUUCAGUGAUUACUCAGCCUGGAUCUAAUCCUAGUGUGAUAACUGUGCGUGGACAAGUUCCAUCAUCUCAUAUAACAACUGUUAGACCUCAAGUAGUGACUACACAUGUUUCAAAUUCUCCAUCACCGCGACUGCAAGGGAGUGUUAGGAUUCAAAAUAGAAUGCCAAAUGCACCAAUUCGAAUUGCAUCAUCUCAGCCAAAUCAGCAGAUAAAUAUUGCUCCAAGACCAGGAUCACAUCCUGGUACAAUUACAUUACCUCCGGGAAUUGUACCAGGACAGGGGGCAGUGCUCAUGAAAAAUGAGCAAGGUCAGAUUGUGAUAGUUCAACCUGGCUCACUUCCGGGACAGCACCCAGCUUCCUCAGUUACGAUCUCAAGCAGUUCUACACCACAGAAGGUUCAGUAUGUUCGGCAUCCAAAUACUGGAGCAACCCAGAGAUUACCUAACAGCCAAAUUUUGACCAUCCAGCCAGGGGCACAGUCUCAGCCUCAGACAGUGGUGAGACAGGCUGUCCCUGCCCCCGUAAAUGCAUCUCGCAUACAACCAGGUAUUAGGGUUACAAUGCCCGGAAGUAUGCAGACUGUAGUAAGAACAACUGCACCAGGAGGUACAAGCACUGUUGGUCAUUCACAUGGUGUAUCCUCUGGCCAACAGUCAGCAGCUGCUCAAGCUGCACAACAACAACAGAUGGUAGAAAAUGUAAAGAAAUGCAAAAACUUUCUGUCUACUUUAAUCAAGUUAGCUGCUAGUCAACCUGAGGCUACUGUCAGUAGUGUUCGAGAUCUCAUACAAGGACUUAUAGAUGGAAAGCUUGAGCCAGAAGUUUUUACAGAGAAAUUACAAAAGGAGUUGAAAUCCUCACCACAGCCAUAUCUUGUACCUUUUUUAAAGAAAAGUUUACCUUUACUACGUCAGUCAUUGUUAAACAAUAAGAUGACAAUAGAUGGUGUAAAGCCGCCACCUAUAGAAAUUGUCCAGCAGCAUCAGUCAGCAAGUCAGGUGGGACACUCGUCAACACAUAAUCAGGUUAUACCAAAGGUUGGAGGUCAGUUUCAUCCAAAGCCAAGUGUCGCUCAGGUAACCAUGGUAACAGGGAAGCCUUCGAUGACCAAACAGAUGAACAUGAUGCAAAGCAAUAUUCCAAGCACAGUGAAAGCCUUUCAUUCUAGGGUCGCUGGACUCACACCAAGCUCAAGUCCGGGACCAUCACAUUCCCACAAAGACACAAAACGUGUGAAGGAAUCAUUUAAAGAUGAUGAUGACAUUAAUGAUGUAGCUACCAUGGGUGGGGUAAACCUUACAGAAGAAAGCAGGAACAUCCUUGCUACUAAUGCUGAAUUUAUAGGAACUCAAAUACGAUCUUGUAAAGAUGAAGCUUUUCUCGCCCAGGGACCUUUAACAAGUAGAAUUCAUGCAAUAGCACGUAGACAUGGUAUUACAGAAGUGCCCACUGAAGUAGCGAACCUGGUAUCUCAUGCUACUCAAGAACGAUUGCGGCAUAUUGUAGAAAAAUUAUCCACCAUAGCUGAACAGCGAACAGAAAUAUACAAGAUGAACGAGAAGUUUGAUUCAUCUCUAGAUGUAAGAGCUCAGUUAAAGUUCCUGGAAGAGCUUGAUGUUCUAGAACGUAAACGGCAUGAUGAACAGGAGAAGGAGAUGCUGCGACGGGCAGCAAAGAGUCGUUCAAAGUUUGAAGAUCCUGAGCAUCUUAAACUGAAACAGAGGGCCAAAGACUUACAAGCAGCUGAGAUGGAAGAGGUCCGACAAAGGGAGGCAAAUCUUACAGCUUUGGCUGCCAUUGGGCCUCGAAAAAAGCGGAAACUAGAUGAAACUUCGAGUGGUUCUAGUAACAUACCCAAUGGUUCAUCCUCGUCCAAUCCUAGAACUGCUUUGCGACCAAGAAUAAAAAGAGUCAACCUCAGGGACCUCAUGUUCUUAAUGGAACAAGAUAAAACUCUCAAUAAAUCAAAUACACUGUACAGAACGUUCUUGAAAUGAGAAUUGUAACAGCAGUAGGUCUGAAGUGCUUUAAAUUGAGAUGGUAAGAAUUACCAAGGAAAAAGUUGAUUACUGUGAUAAAGAUAGCAGUAUAAUUUCCCUCAGUUCUGGUAAAUUGAGAGAAGGUGCGUUCUUGUACAUAGAUACAAUGUAUCUAUAAAAACAAAGGCAGCUGAAGUAUAGACAUGUGUAUGAUUAUAUAUAGAUAGUGUAGGUAUGAGCGCAGAAGGCAGGCAGAGAUUAUUAAAGGAGAUAGGAGGUAAUUUAUUACAAAUCCUUAAAGUGAAGCAAAUGUAAGGUUAAGUUGAAGCAGAUGUUAAACUUACCUGUAUUGUUAAGGUGGAGCUGACGACAUAUCCUGUAUGGUUAAGGUGGAGCUGGAGCUGAUGGUGUUAUCCUGGAAGGUUUGGCGGAUGAACAGUGGAAUUGAUAUAAUUGUGAUUUAGACACUUUGGUUGAAAGGGAAAUAUAUAAUGAAAACUACUAUUAAUGAUAUAAAACAGUAUGAUGAUAGAAGUGUCGGUGUCAUAGGAAUACUAGCAGGAGUAAGGAAUACUACCAUUAGACCAGGAGCGAAUUUGGUAUUUAAGGAAUACUAUCAUUUGACCAGGUUUAACUGCGAUAUCUAAGGAAUGCUACCAUACAAAAGUUUGAUAUCCAAGGUUUACAACCAGGAGUGAGUUUGAUUUCUACAGAUUAGUACCUUGAUUUUUAUUACAUAACCAACCGCAAACAAGUUGAAGAGAGCUCUUAAGAAAGAAGCGUGAAAGUUAAGUUGAAAGCCUUCCCUUCUGUAUUGUGAUACUAGCAUCUGUUCCACUGUGGAGCACCUACAGACAUUUGAUAAAGAGAUUUUUAGAGUAUGCAAAUUAAGAAAUAAGAGAACAAAAGCCUGGAGCUUGCAAUUAUUAUAUUUAAAAACAAUGUGUGUUUUAACAGAGAAGUAUAUGGAAAAUUAUGAAUGCAGGUUAUUGUUGGCUUUGUAUUUGAUGUUAAGAAAUGUGAUCAUGUUAAUAUAUCUACUUAAAAAGUAGUUUUUGGAAAAUGCAGGUUCAUUACAAUUCUGGUUUAAAUUGAUUUGACAAAAACAUCUAACUAGCGUAGAUUGGGUAAUUUUUGUGUCAUUUUUAAUUCACGAUUUGGUAAGACAGCCAUAAUUGAGCCGUGCCAUGGGAAAACCAACAUAGUGGCUUUGCGACCAGCAUGGAUCCAGACCAGCCUGCGCAUCCGCGCAGUCUGGUCAGGAUCCAUGCUGUUCGCUAACGGUUUCUCUAAUAGCAGUAGGCUUUGAAAGUGAACAGCAUGGAUCCUGACCAGACUGCGCGGAUGCGCAAGCUGGUCUGGAUCCAUGCUGGUCGCAAAGCCACUGUUUGUUUUCCCAUGGCAUGGCUCAUAUUUUGCAUUCUUAAGAAUCUGCAAUGCGUAAGUGGUUAAAUUUUUGGAUAUGAUGCUGCUAUAUAUUUUCACAAGUGUUUCGAAUUUGUGUAAUAAAUGCUCAUUCAAUGAUUUUGAGUGAAAAGAAAAUUGUCACGAUUAUUAUCUAAUCUACGGUAACAGUUGUGAUGUCACAGGUAUAAUUCUCAAUGCAAAAGUUGUGAUGUUUCACAGUCUAGGGCAACUGUUUUACAAUAUCAUAGGCAUUUUUGAGCAUUCAAUGGAGAGAAAAAGAAAUAUGCAGAUACAUUUAACAUUGCUGUUAAAAUGUCAUUAUAUAUGUGUUCAUUUCUAAAUCAUUACGUUUGCAAAGUAUAUCUGUUACCAUGUGUUUGUUAUCGUACCUUUAGAAAGAGCAAUUCAUGAAAAGAGUUACAUUUUUAACCAUCCAUAUUUAGAACUGGUUGUUGCCUGUUGACAGCAUAAAAUGUUGUUUUUUUGUGUUUUUUUCCUCUUUUAAGGUGUAAAGGAGGAUAACUACUUAAGUUAAUUACUGAACAUCAGAGUGAUCACAGUCACCUUACUGGCAGAAACAGAAACUUUGUAAACUGCUGAGCUGUACUCUUUAACACAGAAAGCAAUUGAUAAUUGCCACAGUGCCGUUCAUUUUUUUGCUCAUUGUCUGGGUGGUCAGUCUGUCUGUAGGCAAGUAAGACCAUUUGGUUUCCCAUCAGUAACUAGAGAAUGCUUGGUCUUGCAAAAAUCAGACUUUGUAGGAUUAUUGUUAGAGGUCAGUAUAUAACCACUAUUGUUUGGAAAGCUGGUCAUUUGGUCAAAGGUCAAGGACACAGCAUACAGAAUAACAUAAAAAAUCUUGUCUCAGACUGGCCAUCAUAGAGGCAGGCCCCCACCUUCCCAUGAUAAUGGUGAGGACAACCAGUGUUGCCCCUCUACAUUUGUGUGUUUGGAAAGUUGUGUUAGGCCAAGAACUAAGUCUUUACAUGGUUAGAUAUCAAAUAAUUUUAUAUGACCAACGUAAUAAGACGGUAUAUUGAUGACAAGAAUCCUGUCGUGUGAAAAACCAAUUGAGCCGCACCAUGAGAAAACUAACAUAGUGCAUUUGCGUCCAGCAUAGAUCCAGACCAGUCUGCGCAGUCUGGUCAGGAUCCAUUAUGUUCGCUUUCAAAGCCUAUUGCCAUUAGAGAAACCGUUGGCGAACAGCAUGGAUCCUGACCAGACUGUGCAGGCUGGUCUGGAUCCAUGCUGGUCGCAAAUGCCACUAUGUUGGUUUUCUCAUGGCGCGGCUUAAUUAUUCAGAGGGCUUGCAUUUCUGUUUCUUUAUAUCACAUGCCAGGGGCAUUUAUACCCUAGGCACAUGUUUGUAAUUUGAAACAUUUGUUACUUAUCAUCUGUUUCUAUUCAUUUGUAAUAUGUUUUGUUUUCUAUAAAUAUCUCUAACUGCUUCUCAUACUAUUGAUGAAAACUUACUUAUCCUGGUUUAUUUCAAUGCAUAAUUGUAUCUGUGAAUCAGUAAUGACAAUGAGCUUUCUUGUCUACUAUCUGUGAAAGUAAAUUUAAAUAACUUAGUCUUUAAAUCAGUGUGCCGCCAGUGGUAGUGGUAGUUUUACCCAGGUACUCAUUUCUUUACGGAAACAAUGCAUAGUUUUUCUUUCGAAAAUUAAAAAUACCAGUGGACAGUUGCCUAAAUUUAUAAAACUUGAUCUUGGAGACCAGUCUAACAAAGCCCAUUGUCAUUGGUCAAUUUUAAAUUUAAGCUAAAAAUCAAUCAAUAGUAUAGUGAAGCAAGAGACUGGUAUCUGAAAUAAAUUUUAAUACCCUUUGACCCUGAACAGUAGAUGGAAAGAAAUAUUAAAGUUCAUCUUCCUAAAGACUGAACAUGGAACUUUCGGACAGUUCCUCCAAAAAAUAAUAAUGCAAAGGCCUAGAAUUUUAGAAAAUGAACUUUGGGCUCUUGUGCUAUUAAACACAUUCCUUUUUUAGGCUGGAAUAAAAAGACCAUUGUUAAGCAUUACCUAACUGACCAGACCACUUGUUUUUGUCUCCUUUCUUCUGUGAUAGGAAGUAUGUUUUCGAGAUAAUUUUGGUACGAUUUGUUAAAACUCAUUUUUAUGACACUUCUUCAUGAAGUAAAACCUGGAAAACAAAUUACCCUACUACCUACCUACCUUUGUUGUUUUUUUUCCUUCUUUUUUUUUUAUUUGUCAGUAAAUGUAAACACAACUAUUUUUUCAUGGCCUUAAGUAUGUUUGGCAUGUUAUUUUUAUUUUUUCCAGCAAGUUGUAGGUAGGGAAAUAAAACAGUUUAUACCCACAGUGAGCUAUUGUUCAUAAGAAAUAACUUAUUUUUAUUCAUAGGUCACGAGUAAUAGAAAUUAUCUCUUUUAAAAGUUAAUGAUAGAAAGUUAUAUUGUUGUUUACCUAUAUACUAGAGCUGGAGUGUGUUAUUUUAAUCAGUACUACUACAUUUUCAGCUUGACUAUUAAAUCUUUUUUAAUUGAGUUUUUGUCAACACCUUUUUGUUGGUGUCAAAAAAAAAAAAAAUCAUGGAAGUAGGUUUCUAAACAGAUUUAAGACGAUUUUGGCAUUGUGAGAUGACCUUACAGGGCUCUAGCUUUUAUUAGCUCACCAGAGCACGAAGUGCUCAAGGUGAGCUAUUGUGACCGGUCAUUGUCCAGCGUGCAUUGUCCGUCAACAUUUGCCUUGUUAACACUCUAGAGGUCACAUUUGUGACCCAAUCUUUAUGAAAUUUGGUCAGAAUGUUUGUCUUGAUGAUCUCUAGGUCAAGUUUGAAACUGGGUCAUGUGGUUUCAAAAACUAGGUCAGUAGGCCUUAUCAAAGGAAAACCUUGUUAAAUUAACACUCUUAGAGUCCACAGUUUAAGUUUGAAACUCAUGAGAAUUAGUCAGAAUAUUUGUCCUGAUGACCUCUAGGUCAAGUUCGAAUUCGGGUCAUGUGGGGUCAAAAACUAGGUCACCCGGACAAAUCAAAGGAAAAGCUUUUUAACACUCUAAGAGGCCAGUUGUAAUCAAAUCUUUAUGAAACUUAGUCAGAAUGUUUGUAAUGAUGAUCUCUAGGUCAAGUUUGAAACUGGAUCAUGUGGGUUAAAAAAAACUAGGUCAGUAGGCCAGAUCAAAGGAAAAUCUUGUUAACACUUUGAGUCCACAGUUUAAGUUUGAAACUCGUGAGAAUUGAUCAGAAUGAAUGUUUGUCUUGAUGACCUAUAGAUCAAGUUCGAAUCUGGGUCAUGUGGGAUGGAAAACUAGGUCGCCUGGUCAAAUCAAAGGAAGAACUUGUUAACACUCUAAAGGCCACACUUGUGACCCAAUCUUUAUGAAACUUGGUCAGAAUGUUUGUCUUGAUGAUUUAUAGGUCAAGUUUGAAACUAGGUCAUGUUGGGUCAAAAACUAGGUCAGAAGGCCAGAUCAACUCUGGUGAGCGAUAUAGGGCUAUAAUGGCCCUCUUGUUUUGUCAGAACUAUGCCCCUUGCUUUUUAUUUGAAAAUUUGGGUGAAAGUUUUUCAUUGGAGCAGCUUUCUCUAAAACUAUUGAGCAAAACAGAUCUUUCAUACUCCGCAUAAGAUUACUGCUAGGCAAGUUACAUGACUCAAAUUGUCAAGAUUAUGCCACUGAUUAACAUAGAUACUUCGUGAAAGUUUCGCAUGUGAACAGGUUUCUCAGGAACAAUUGUACUGUAUACUUAAAAACUCUUCAUAUGUCUUUGGGAUUAUAACCCUUACCCUGCCAAAUUUCUAAAAUGAACUGGUCCAUCUUUCAAUUUGGACUACAUUAACUGUUAAAAGGGGUGCUUACCAAAAAGAUACUGACUGAAUGGCAAACAGUGCAGAUCAUGAUCUACACUGGUCGCAAAGGCAGAAUCAAUAGUGUCCAGCAUGAUAAGGGUUAAAAUGAAUAGUUCUGAGCCAGGUUCUGGAAAUCUGAACAGUUAACAAAAUUUUGCCCAUUUUUCACCUUGGACAAUUUUUGUAUAGCUUUCGUUUGUAAGCUAGUAUUUUGUAGAAGUGUUUCAAAUAAUCGAGCAUGCUGGCAUUAGGCAGCUCUUGGGUAUAUUAUUAUGCAAUUUAAAUGUAAUCUAUCAAGGCCUCCAGACCUUGAAUAUUUUCUCCUUUAUAUAUGUAUUUUUUUUUUCAAAAAUGCAACAGCUUCUGGAUUUAUUUU